CGCGCCCCCGCUGAACUGCGGAGGUGGGGCCAGGGGCGGCCGCGGGACCGCUCGCUCCUCUCUCCCGCCGCGCGGGCCCCCGGAUGUGCGAGGUCGCAGGGGAGGCUGGGAGAGCAAGAGUGGGCUUCCCAGGCCCGCAAGCCUUCCGCUUGCCAAGGACUCUGUUGCAGCCAUGGGCUACCAGGCGCAGGGUCCCGUCAUCCUGCCUCAGAGCAAUCUGGAUGACAGAGAAACGCUCGUUUCUGAACAUAAGCACAAAGGGAAAACUUGUCGUCAGUCCACAGCUGUUUUUAAUGUUGUCAACUCGAUUAUAGGAUCUGGUAUAAUAGGAUUACCUUAUUCAAUGAAGCAAGCUGGCUUUCCUCUGGGAAUAUUGCUUUUAUUCUGGGUUUCAUAUGUUACAGACUUUUCCCUUGUUUUAUUGAUAAAAGGAGGGGCCCUCUCUGGAACAGACACUUACCAGUCUUUGGUCAAUAAAACCUUUGGCUUUCCGGGAUAUCUCCUGCUCUCUGUUCUUCAGUUUUUGUAUCCUUUUAUAGCUAUGAUAAGUUACAACAUAAUAACUGGAGAUACUUUGAGUAAAGUUUUCCAAAGAAUCCCAGGAGUUGACCCUGCAAACUUGUUUAUUGGUCGCCACUUCAUUAUUGUGCUUUCCACGGCUGCCUUUACUCUGCCUUUGUCCUUGUAUCGUGAUAUAGCCAAGCUUGGAAAGAUCUCUCUUCUGUCUACAGUUUUAACAACUCUGAUUCUUGGAAUUGUAAUGGCAAGGGUAGUCUCACUGAGUCCAUACAUACCAAAAACAGAAGAUGCCUGGGUAUUUGCAAAGCCCAACGCCAUUCAGGCUGUUGGUGUUAUGUCGUUUGCAUUUAUUUGCCACCAUAACUGCUUCUUAGUUUAUGGUUCUUUGGAAGAUCCCACAGUAGCUAAGUGGUCCCGCAUCAUCCAUGUCUCCACCUUGGCUUCUGUAUUGAUCAGUAUUCUCUUUUCUACAUGUGGAUACUUGACAUUUACUGGCUACACCCAAGGAGACUUAUUCGAAAACUAUUGCAGAAACGAUGACCUGGUAACAUUUGGAAGGUUCUGUUAUGGAGUUACUGUCAUUUUAACGUACCCAAUUGAAUGCUUUGUGACUAGAGAGGUAGUUGCCAAUGUGUUUUUUGGUGGGAAUCUUUCAUUGGUCUUCCACAUUAUUGUAACAGUGGUUAUUAUUACCAUAGCCAUGCUUGUGUCAUUGCUGAUUGAUUGCCUUGGAAUAGUUUUAGAGCUCAAUGGUGUGCUCUGUGCAGCUCCACUAAUUUUUAUCAUUCCAUCAGCAUGCUAUCUGAAACUCUCUGAAGAACCGAGGACACACUCAGAUAAGAUUAUGGCCUGUGUCAUGCUUCCUGUCGGUGCUGUGGUGAUGGUUGUUGGGUUCGUCAUGGCCAUCACAAAUCCUCAAGAUUGCACCCACGGGCAGGAAAUGUUCUACUGCUUUCCUGACAAUUUCUCCCUCACAAACAUCUCAGGUUCUCAUUUUCAACUGACAACACAACCUUCCAUUUUAAAUAUCAGUAUCUUUCAAUGAGUUGACUACUUUAAAAAGUAUGUAUGUUUUCAUAGACUUCUAAACUGUAACAUUCACACGUUUUUAGUCUGUGUACUACAAAAUUAUCAUUUUGGCAUUUAUCAAGAUUUGGUUUUCUUUAGUCUUUAGACCAAUAUAAAAGAUAAAGAAGAAAAGAAAAUUGUAUUUUAUUAUUUUAUUUUAAACAAAAUAAAAAAUUUUUUAAUGAC